AUGUCUGAAGAAGUGACUCCUCUCACACCUCAAGAAAUUGUUGAGUUUAAUGAAGCUUUAUUAACCUAUUUAACUCAUCACGACUCAUCUAGAUUAGAAGAACUCUUUAGAUUAUUUGAUAGAAACCAUAAUGGAUCACUUAGUGAGUUAGAAAUCAAAACUGUGAUGGAGCAAGUGUCUGGGCAUGGAUUUAGUGAUCAACAAGUCCACGAUAUGAUCAGGGCAGCAGAUAAAAACAGUGAUGGAAGCAUUGAUAUUCGAGAAUUUAUAAAUGUUAUGAAGCAUCUCACAGAUUAA